AUGAAAAGACCAGCAGAGGGAGAAGGAUGGAGAGACAAUAAAGGACAAAGAUACAGCAGCAGCAGCAGCAACAGCAGCAACGGCAGCAGCAGCAGCAGCAGCUACCGCAGCAGCAGCACAUCUAGCCACAGCUACGGUGGCUACAGCCGCACACAAUACACGCAGCAGCAGCAGCAGCACCAUCACCAGCAGCAGCAGCAGUACCAGCAGCAGCACCAUCACCAGCAGCAGCAGCAGCAGCAGUACCAGCAGCAGCACCACAACUACCACCAGCAGCAGCAGCAACAACACCGUCAUCAUCACCAACAGCAGCAGCACCAGCAGCAGCACCACCACUAUCACUACCAGCAGCAGCAGCAGCAGCAGCAGCAUCACCAGCAGCAGCAGCAUAACGACCGCCGCCACCACCACCACUAUCCCUACAACCACCACCGCCAGCAGCAGCAGCAGCAGCAGCAGCAGCAGCAGCAACAGCAGCAGAAUGAGUUAACAUAUGAUUAUAUAAAAGAGGAAAAGAUUUAUAAAGAAAUUGAUUUAAAGGAUAUUCCCUCCAACAGCAGCAGCUGCAGCAGCAGCUGCAGCAGCAGCUGCAGCAGCAGCAGCAGCAGCACAAGAAGCAGCAGCAACACGAGGCGCAGCAGCCUCCACAAUGAGGCCAAUUCUGCUGCUGCAGCUGCAGCUGUUGUUGCUGCUGCUGCAGCAGCAACAGCAGCAACAAUAAAAGCAGAAGGGACCGACACAGGAGCAGCGGUAACUGCUAAGGCACCAGCAGCAGCAGCAGCAACAGCAGCAGCAGAAACAACAGCAGCAACUGCAGCAACAGACGUUGCUACAUCACCUGCAUCAGCAGACACAUCAGCAGCAGCAACUGCAGCAGCAGCAGCAGCAGCAACAGCAACAGCAGCAGCAUUAGAUAUAGAAGGAGCAGCAGCAGAUAUAGAAGGAAUGACGGAUGAAGAAGUUCGGGUGUAUGCGCAGCAGCAGCAAACUCUUGCUGCUGUAUUAUUAAGAAAUUUACGGUGUAUGUACACCACAGCAAUAAAAGAAAUAAAUAGAAAAAAUAAUAUUAUUAAAUUACAAGAAAAAGAAAUUAAUCAAUUAAAAAAAAUACUACAGCAGCAGCAGCAGCAGCAGCAGCAGCAGCAGCAGCAGCAGCAGCAGCAGCAGUGGCAGCACAUGCAGCAACACACGGAAAGACGAGGGUUCUAA